UGUUAAAUGAUUUGCCUAGUUAAAUAAAGGUUAAAUAAUAAAUUCAUAUCCUGUUUGUCCAUUCAUUGCAUGUUACUGACAAUUUUGUUUGAUACAAGGUGUCUGUUUUCAUUAUAGUCUUCGAAAAACCGAAUAAACAACUGAUCACAAAAAAAGUACAAUUACAAAGAGAUGUUAAUGGUUGUAAACAAACUCCUCUUGGUCAGUAAUGAGGCCCCACCUUCUGUCUUCCGUCAGCUGUGGACGGGCGCUCACCCCAAAGGAGACGCCCUCAUCAAGGACAACAGGAUAGCCCAGAGGACGCUGGGCCAGUGGAUCGCAGACUACCCAGCAUGCUUGGGGUCAAAGGUCAAAGACACUUUCCAUGGCCAGUUGCCCUUCCUCUUCAAGGUCCUGUCAGUUAACACCGCUCUGUCCAUACAGGCUCAUCCCAACAGGUUUCCAGAGCAUUACCCUGACAACAACCACAAGCCUGAGAUGGCCAUCGCACUUAGUCAGUUUGAAGGCCUCUGUGGCUUCAGACCUGUGGAAGAGAUCAUUGGCUUUCUCAAAUUUUGAGUCUGCUGCUUCAACUGACAGUGAAGAGAUGCCCUAGCAGUCAGAUCCCAGAUCUCACAGACACAUCUGACACGACUGGAGUGGCCCCGUUACCACGCUAUCCCAGAGUUUCACGCCCUUGUCGGAAAUGAGGCGGCGGAGGAACUGCAGAGCAGUAUCGGGGAGGCACUCCGCAUCUCGCUGGCCCUCAAGAAGUGCUUCACCCGCAUGAUGAACUGUGAGAAGAAGGUGUUUGUGGACCAACUCAACAUGCUGGUGAAAAGAGUCACUGAGGAUGGUGAGAGCAUUAUACAACAAGUAUUUUAUUUUUGUGACGCCUUUACCCUUCCUCAUGUAGCUAGACCCCAACUAGCCUGGUCCCAGAUCUGUUUGUGCUGUAUAGCCACCAAAUAUGUCAUGUUUGGCAUGACAACGACCAUAGCAGAAAAGCACAAACAGAUCUAGGAUCAGGCUAGGCCCCAGUUUUCUUGCGAAAGCCCCAAAAAGAGGUGUUCUCUUUUAUAUAAUCAAUAGUACAUGAGUAUGAAUGUGGGCAUAAAUG